AUGUCAAUAAAGAUGUUCAAAUAAAGCAGCGCGACAGUUAUGGCGGCUCCCAUGUCCUGGAGGAGGCUGGUACUCUCCGUCUAUUCUCCGGCUAUGGCCGGAGCUUUUGCCCGCGUGUCCGACCGGCUGUUCCGCGUAAGGGACAGACGAAGAGGGUCUUCAGUGCUGCUCCUGGCUCCUCUGCUCGCCGAGACAGACACGGCUCCACGCCGCGUUUCCAGGCCCUCCGGGUCAGCCGGAGCUCAGGGAACUGACGGCCUCUGCGCUCACUUUGGAUGGAUGGCAGAGCAAGCGCCUGCCUUCCGAGUCCCCGGGACCCACAUCCAGAUUCUGACCUCCCCUGACCAGUUCUACCAGGCCAUGAAGGCACACAUCAAAACGGCGCAGAAGCGAGUGGUUAUGGCAUCGCUGUAUUUAGGAACAGGUCGGAUGGAGCAGGAACUGGUGGACUGCAUAGAAGAAGCUCUGGAGCGCUCAAAGGAAAACGCUCACGCUCCUGGCCUAAAGGUCUCCAUAUUGCUGGACUACACCCGCGGGUCACGAGGUCAGAUCAACUCCAGGACCAUGCUGCUGCCUCUGCUGCAGCGCUUCACGUCGCAGAUGCGGGUGUCUCUGUACCACACCCCCGACCUGAGAGGCCUGCUGAGGCUGCUGGUCCCAGAGCGCUUCAACGAGACCAUCGGAGUCCAGCAUAUCAAAGUUUACCUCUUUGACGACAGCGUUAUCAUUAGUGGGGCCAAUCUGAGCGACUCGUACUUCACCAACAGACAGGAUCGGUACGUCCUGCUGGAGAACUGCAGCGAGGUGGCAGACUUCUUCUCCGAUCUGGUGGAGGCCGUGGGGGACGUCUCCCUGCAGCUUCGGCCUGACGACUCGGUCACCACGCUGGAGGGCUUGGUCCACCCGUACAAAGCAGGCAACCGGCAGGCGUUCUCUGCGGCGGCGAGGAAGCGGAUCAUGGCGGUGGUGAACGCGGCCCGAGUGAGGCAGCAGCUGCUGCAGUCUGAGGACUCUGGGGGUUCAGGGGACGUAAGCGAAGGAGAGGAAGACACCUGGGUGUUCCCGCUGGUGCAGAUGAAACCUCUGGGCAUCCAGCUGGACGAGCAGGUCACGCAGCGGUUACUGAUGAGCGCCUCCUCGGACUCUGCCGUGUUUCUGACGUCGGGCUACUUCAAUCUGACCCGCACGUACAUGCGGUUGGUGCUCGGCGCUGGGGCCAACUACCGCAUCCUCACCGCCUCCCCAGAGGUCAACGGGUUCUUCGGGGCCAAGGGCGUGGCCGGCGCCAUCCCUGCGGCGUACACACACAUCGCCAGGCAGUUUUACCAGCAGGUGUGCCGGCUGGGUCAGCAUGAGAGAGUGCACCUGCACGAGUACCGCAGACCACAGUGGACCUUCCACGCCAAAGGUCUGUGGUAUUACCUCCAGGGGCAACAUCAGCCUUGCCUUACUCUAAUUGGCUCCCCUAAUUUCGGUUACCGCUCAGUUCACCGUGACCUGGAGGCCCAGAUCGCCAUAGUAACAGAGAACGAGGAGCUGCAGAGACGACUGCAGGAGGAGCAGGAGAUGUUGUACCGGCGCUCCACAGAAGUGUCCAGCUCCACGUUUAAGCAGUCGGACCGACACGUCAAGCUGUGGGUCAAACUGGUGACUCCACUCAUCAAGAAUUUCUUUUGAGUCUCGCAGGUGGUUUUUUUCAGCAGCAAAUCUCGCUGCAGGCUGCAAAUGAGAUUCUGCGUCGUUGGAAUAUGGUCAGCAUGCUGCAUCUUCAUCUCUUCAAACGUUCUCAUGAAAUGCCGCAACACGAGCACAAUCACGCACACAGAAGAGCAGGUUUAUGCUGACGUGAGAGGGUUUUUUACUCACAAGUGUCUGUUAUGUACAUUACUAGAUCCCAUUAUUCUAAGGACUUCUGGUCCUAAAGUGGUUCUAGAUCCAGUUGUGUCAAACAUAAGCUACAUUUUUUCCGUUAACAGUCCUGCCCACGUCCGGGGGUUGCAUGAAUUGAACAGAUCCUGGAAUUUGAUGGAGAGACUUGCGGUUUCCCUCAGCAACUCAGUCUCUGCUUCACUCUGCCUACAGAACUGUGUACAGUUGGACUUUAAGUUUGUAAAUUAAAAGAAAAUGUUUAAAAGUAA